AACGCAGCGCAGGCGAAUCCAGCGCCCCCUAAAAAAGUUGCUAGAGAGAGAGAGAGAGCGAGCGCCCGAGAGAGGCGAGAGGCGAGAGUAUUUCUUCUUCCCCCUCUCAGAGGAGGAGGGCUCCGAGGUCGCGAGGCGAGGCGACGCGAGGCUCCUCCCCCUCCUCCACCAGCAGCUCAUCACCACCUCCGGCCGCAUACUAUUAUUACCAUCCAUCGCCCCGUUCCUCCCCAUCCUCCGACUGGUUGAUUGGCUGCCCCCCCGGAAAACUAAGAACGAACAAGAAAGAAAAAAAAAUCAAAAAUAAAGAUCUCCGCUUUCGCCCGUCGAUCUCCGGUGGUGGUUGGUUCCGCGGGCGCCCGCCGCUGGUUCGUCCAAUCCUGCUGUCCGCGCCGAGCCCUCUCUUCGGUUCCCUUUCCCUCAGGUGAGCCGGGAUUCGCUCUGUUGGCCUCGGCUGCUUCUGAUUCCUCUGCGUAAUUGCGCGCCCGUUUCCAUUUCGCAGGCCGGAUCGAGGGCAUUAGGCAGGGAGGUAUGGACGUGGAGGGCAGGAUGAAUUUGGAGAUUGGAUCCAAGGACAUGGAGGUGGAGACCAAGAACCUGAAGCUGGAGGACCCGCUGCCUUCCUCUGAGAUGGACAUGGACGAGCCUGGCGUUGCUGAGAGCGCCGACGUGGAUGCCACCAAUGGCAGCUCCAAGGAGUGCCCCUUGACCCCCAGGGAUUCCAUGACCUCCAAGGUUUCUGUCGCCAAGAAGCCGAGGUCAGUCAGCACCGACUUCGGGGAUGAGCUGGACCUUGAGCUCGGGAGUGGGGAGCGAGACCCCGCCAGGCAGCAGGACAGGAAGCUCUCCAGGCAAGACCGGGUCGAGCUCAGCCGGUUGUUCCAGCGUGCAGUGAGCUCUCAUGAUUGGGAGAGCGCCGAUGGCCUGCUGGGCAGAGCUGAUGCACAGGGACUCAAUGACGUGCUCUGCGUCGCGGUCGAUGCCAUUUGGUUCUUGAGCGACAAGGAGGAGCUGUAUGCGAUCGUCUCCUUGAUCAAGAGGAUUGUGUCGGCGGGUGCGAAUGAUUUCACACGCGCCGCGCUCCGGACAUCGUUCCUGGCAUCGUGUGUGUCGGCAUGCAGGGGGCGCACGACCAGCCUCUCCGAUGCCGUGAGCUUCAUGGGUCAAAAGUUGCAUGAACGCCUCCAAGAAUCCCAUGGCGAUGAGGUAUUGAAGGCAGAAGCAAGUGCAAAGGUGCAUAAGUUCACAGAAUGGGCUCUGAAGUGCAUUGGAUUACACUCCCGUGUGCGCGAGAGUAAGGGCCGAGGAAACCAUGGCACAAUCAUUGAGGUUCAACUUCAGUUAUCUGCUUUCAAGACAUUUCUGGAUAUUGCUGAUAAUGAUCUCACCGGGAAAGACUUCACUGAGGCCUUUGAUGCUGCAUGCUUUCCUCUUACACUGUUCUCAAGCACCUUUGACCAAGGAUGGGCAUCAGGGAUCUCGGCAUCUGCUAUACAAGGGCUGUUAGAGUUGUUGGUAGAGGGUGGCGCAGACAAUGUGAACCAAUGCUUCCUUGAAGCUGCACGCUAUGGAAGCACUGAACUCGUCCGCAUCUUACUUCAGAUUGCUCAAAGAAACAGCUUGGACAUUGAUGUGGAUCUAGCCCUUGGCUUUGCUGCCCACUACGGGAAACUCGAAACCAUGGGGUGCUUAGUUGAGGAAGGUAAUACUGUCGCCUUCCUUGGGCCUUUAAUGCGGGCAGCUGAGCGUGGAUGCCUUCAAGUUGUGGAAUGGUUUGUGAACCGUGGCUGUCGGGACAUGGAGCUUUGCCUGGCCCUCACUGCUGCCACCUCUAGCAGCCAGGUUGAAGUUGCUGCCUAUCUCCUGCCUCUAGUCCCCCAAAUUGUUCUUGCCCCACUCAGCAUCGAGAUUGUGAAGGCUGCUGGCGAGAGGAGCACAGGUUCCCUCCAAGGUGUGGAUUUUCUUCUCCGGUCGGACUUCCUCAAUGACCCAGCGGCCACAUAUGCUGUAGCAGACAGCAUAGCAAGAUGUGCUGAUGAGGCUGUAGAUGCGAAGCUUAGGUCAUUCAUGCUCGAGCAGUGGUCAGAGGAAGCCUUCUUGGAGGGAUUCGCAUCUUCACAAGAGCACUUUGUCAACAUUACAAGGAUAAUGCAGAGGGGCGAGUCACCAGUCGCCCUGAGAGAGCUCCCGCUUCAGCUGGUGAUCGCCAUGGCCUACCUGCCACUGUACAGGGAAUGCAACGAGUCAGGUGGGCGGCUUUUGCCGCAGAGGCUAAGAGGCCAGCUUGUGGAGGCUGCAGGCAGGCUGGAGGGCCGGCAACUGGACAGGGGCACCCAGCAAAGGGAGCUGCUGGCUAUCCUGGAGCACCACCUCCCGCGUUUUCUCGUUCAGACUUGAACCAAGGUGGCCGCAACCUGUACUCAAACCGCAUCUGCAUCGGCAUCGGUCAUCGGUCUUCGCAAGCAAGUAGCAAAGGGCGUCGCACCCACCAUCCAUCCAUCUUCAUCGUACCCUGCUUGUCGACAUCCGCAAUGGUAGCACCACCCCGAGAUGGAGGCUCACCCCCCUGACUCUCCUGGAGGCGCUCUUCGGAGAGUAUAUAAUUUUGGUACAAGGUGUCAGUGUCGUGUGCGUGCGUGUGUGUGUGUGUCUUGUGCGAGGCGUCUGUUGAGUAUUUACCGGAACCGCAAUCGUCAGCAAAAAGAUGAUAUAAGCAUCGUCGUCGUUGAGAAACAUGUUUCUCCAGUUUUCGGUAAACCGUACAUAUGGCCGCCUGUUGUGAGUUGUGACUGAAACAUGGACUAGUCAUCUGUAAUCUUGCCUUCCUUCCCAAACAUAAAAUCGAAACCAAAUGAAAGAUGGCUACUCCCUCA